GUUAAUGUAUUUCCACUUGAGAAAAUAAAGGAAAGAAGAAGGUAAGGGGAUAAAUAAGUACUGUAAAAAAAAAGAAGGCAAGGGGAUAAAGGCACGGUGGGCCAUCUCUGUCAGUGGCUACUGAGUCCUCAAAUCGCAAAUCAAGGAGAAGGGGAUCAAAUCCGCACACCAUUUCCUUUGUCUUUGUGUAUGUGUAAGCUCAAUCAAUCAUUCGCCUCGACGCCGACAUGGCCGCCCACGGCAAGCCCAAGCCCAAGCCGCCCGGUGCCCCCGCGACGCCGCCGCCGCCGCCGCCAUCGGCGGAGGCGAGGAAGAGCUUCAUGCGCCGGAUGUUCCCCUUCCUCCUCGCCGCCAACCUCUUCGUCGGGGCUUACGUGGUCGUGAGGACCUACUAUAAGGACUCAGGGAAGAAAGAUGCUCAGGCUGAUCAUCCUGUCGCUGCUACCGUCUCGACGCCGUCUGCUACAGCUGCUGACAAGUCCCCGGAAUCUGCUGCUGCUGCACCCAGUAAGGUGUUCCCGCCGAUACCUCAAGACGAGCAGCGCCAGCUCUACAGAUGGAUGCUGGAAGAGAAGCGGAAGGUCAGGCCGCGCGACGCGGCGGAGAAGAAGAAGCUCGACGAGGAGAAGGCCCUUCUCAAGGAGAUCAUCCGGGCAGAAUCCUUCCCAAGCCUGUGAAUGCCGACCUCGCCGAUCGUUGCUUGAAUCUGUCGUGUCUCUUAUUGUUUCCCUGGGAAUGGCUUGCACCUGUGAUUGGCUUGUUGACGUGUGCCUCCAUGAUGUGAUCUCUCAUGUCCAAAGGUGUUGUUUUCUAUGAUGCAAAACUAGUCUUGCCUUAAUUGGUUCUAGAGAUUCUUCAAGAAAAGGGAUUUUUCGUGUGGGUUUGUCUCGUUUAAGUUUAAACAACAGCAGGGAUUUUCGUUUCUGA